GGCUUGCCAUAACAAUAUACCAUACCGGUACUCUGAUCUGCUGCAUGAGAAGUCGUUCUGACUGUACGAGGAAAUAUGCCGGGGACCAAAGAAAAGGCAACAUUUACUGGUAAUAAGAGCGAAUGGAGAGAGACAGGACUCCGAUAUGCGUCUGCAGGAAUAUCUUGUAUGUGUGCUGCAUUUGCAACCAACCCAAUUGAUGUAACUAAGAUCCGUAUGCAACUAGAUGGUGAGCUGAAUUCAGUGAAGGCAAGGUCAGCUUACCAGCAGAGAUACUACAAGGGAAUAGUAAGAGGAGCUUUUACUAUUGCAAAGGAUGAAGGUAUUAGAGGAUUAUAUAAAGGAGUCACUCCAGCCCUGGUUAGAGAAGCUAGCUAUAGUUCCAUUAGAAUAGGUGCAUAUGAACCUAUCAAACGUCUUUUCGGUGCUACAGAUCCAGCCCAUACACCUCUCUACAAAAAGCUUGCAUCAGGGGCUACAUCAGGUGCAUUAGGGAGUUGGAUAGCAACCCCAACAGACCUGAUACGCGUCAGACUCCAAGCAGAGGCUAAACUAGAGCCUGGACAACAACCAAGGUACAGGGGUUUCCUACAUGCUGUCUCUGAUAUAGCUAAAACAGAAGGUCUAAGAGGUCUUUACAGGGGUACUGUCCCCACAGUGCAGAGGGCUAUGAUUCUUACUGCUGCUCAGGUUCCAACAUAUGACCAUACCAAGCAUACUAUGCUGAAUCUAGGUUGGAUGGAAGAGGGCCUGAGGUUACACACAUUCUCAUCAAUGGUGGCAGGCUUUGUGGCAGCUUUAGCAACCUCACCAGUAGAUGUCAUCAAAACAAGGGUGAUGAAUCAGAAAAUUAAAGAUCUUCCACUAGAAAAGCGUGCAUACAAGGGCUCUCUUGAUUGUUUUCUAAAGACGGUCAAAUCAGAGGGUUUAUAUGGUCUCUAUAAAGGUUUUUUCCCUAACUGGCUGAGGAUAGGACCACAUACCAUCAUCAGUUUUAUCUUAUUUGAACAGCUCAGAAGGUUAGCUGGGAUAGACCCCAUUUAACAUAAGCUUCCAUUGUAGGUAAUUAGAAUAGAUGGGAAUGAAUUGUGUGCUUGUUGCAAGAAUUUACAAGUCUACCUCAAAUAAUGGUUGAUUUGAA